AUGUUCAUCGUGCGUGACAACAGCACCGAGUGUGACGGGGAUGCCGUGACGACGGGUGUGGUCGAUUUCGCCGAGGGCGUCGCCUACAAUGCCUCGUUGGACCCGCUGGUGUUCUUCCAGGAGAAAAUAUGCUCGGCGGUGGUCAUCGUCAUAAACAUUUUUGGCAUCUUCGGCUCGGUGAUGAUCUUCGUAGUGCUGUUCAGAAACACGUACGCGAAACACGAGGACUUCAGGAUCUUGCUGUCGUCGUCGUCCAUCGCAGACCUGUCCUUCAACGCGCUGUGCAUCCCGGUGACGCUGCUGUCCGUCUACCAGGAACGCACCGUCACGUCGGCACUGAUCGACACCUAUUUGGUGAUCAGUGCCUUCGCCGAGGCGUCGUCGCUGCUCAGCGACCUGCUGACCAUAGUGCUCAUGCUGACCAGGUACGUGUCCCUGCUGAGGCCGACCUACUGGUACUCGAAGUCGCUGAAAUGGAAACGCAGGUUCUGCGUCGCUUUGGUGGCCGUGUCUUGCCUGUUGUGCUCGGUGAAGCUUCGAGACGCGUGCCAGUUGCGUAGCGACCUGGAUGCGAACAACACCGCCAGCUAUAACUACGCGUUCCUGAAGUUCCUGGCCACCGAACUGACCGUCUGGAGCGUGACCAGUCUUCUGGUGAUGCCGGUUACGGUACUGUCCGUCAUGCUGUACCUGAUCAUGCACACCAUACUGUUGCUGCGACGACGGCUGCGCGUACAGGCGGCUCUGCAUAUCGACGAACCGUCCAACCGGUCGCUGACCAUCACCGACAACAAGACCGAACCGGUGGUGACGAAGCGACGCGAGGUGAUGGAACGCCGACUGCACGAGCACCGCAACACCACCUCGUUGAUCCUCCUCGGCGGCGUUAGCAUGAUACUGUGUCGAGCGUUCUGCAUCUUUCUGGCCGUUACCGUAUUCAUCUUCCACGAGCAGAUUCACUCCACCGCCAGUUGCGGAGUGGUCAGUCUGGAAAGCACCCGCUCGACGGUCACACACCUUUACGUCGCCGUGAUUCUGAGCACCAUUUUCGAAUGUAUCACGCGCUCCUGCCAGUUCUACAGCUACGUGCUGUUCAACGUGACGUUCAGAACUGAAUUUUGCAAGAUUUACCGUUCAGCCUGUGUCGGCGAAUCAGAAUGA